AUGCCUACUAAUCUUGAAGAGUUACAAAAAUCUUGGAUUCAAUUGAAAGAGGAAAGAGAUACCUUUGAGACUCAGUUCUAUGCCAGUGAAAAGAAGGUGUUGGAGCUCACAAAGCGACUUCACGAAGAACAGAGCAUUAAUGCAUAUGUUGGCACAAAGAGAAGAUCUGAGCCUCCAAAUGUUGCAGUUUCCUCUUCGGUAGCAGACAGAAAUCCUCCUAAAUCCUUUGCUCAAGCUCUUACUGGGGUAUGCGAUAUUCCUACCUCUCAACUUCCACAAGUCAUUGUUAAAGGUGACAGGCUUUCCAUAACCAUUCCGGAAGAUGAGUACAAGGCUGGUCUUGAGGAGUGUAAGAAUAACCUCCAUGGUAGAAUCUUACGGCUGAAAGGUUCGUCUCCGUUAACUAUUUUUGAUCUGCGCAAAAAGCUUGCGAUUUUAUGGUCGAAUUUGAAAAGUUGGGGAGUUCUCUCCCUUGGAAAGGGUUUUUAUGAAUUCAACUUUUGUAGUGCUGAAGAUAUGCGUAGGGUUAGGGCCUCUGGUUUUGUUAGCCUUAAUCCGGGAACUCUUAAGCUGUUUGCUUGGUCGAGGGAUUUUAAUCUGGCUUGUCAACAGAACUCUUCUGCACAAGUAUGGGUUAGGUUCUUUGGGUUACCUCAAGAAUAUUGGAGGCCAAGAAUUCUGUUUGUUAUUGCCAGUAGCAUUGGCACUCCGAUAUGCAUAGAUAGCGCCGCAUCUAAAUCCAAAUUUGAUAGAACUUUUCGGCAAUAUGUUAGAGUGCUAGUUGAUAUGGAUAUUACACAAAAGUUAAACCACAAUGUUUUGGUCGAACGUGCAGGAUUCACUUUCUUUUUGGGUAUAGAGUACGAAAAUCUUCUAGAAUAUUACAAUCAAUGUAAAAGGACAGAAAAUGCGGACCCUAAACUGCCCAUAUUGAACUUGCUUAAAUAG